AUGCCUCCACCACAAAAAAACUAUCACACAGCGGCGCCCGAACCGGAGACGGCAAUUGAUCGUUCUCAUGGAGAUUUUCCUGUGGCCGGUGACUCCGAUGAGGAGGUCUACUUCAAGACACACAAGGCACCUUCAUACUUGGCAGAAAUCGAAGAGCAAACGAAGCAAUUUGUUGAGUAUCAUGCCGAAACGACAGGAAAAAGAAUUGCACUUGUUACUUCGGGAGGAACUACGGUCCCUUUGGAGAAUAACACUGUUAGAUUCAUAGACAAUUUCAGCGCCGGUACGAGGGGUGCUACUUCUGCAGAGUAUUUCUUAGAAAACGGCUAUGCCGUGAUUUUCUUACACAGAGAGUUUUCUUUGCUUCCAUAUUCCAGGCAUUACAGUCAUACAACGAAUUGUUUCUUGGACUAUAUGAUCGAGAAAGAUAAUAAGGUUGAAAUCAACCCAGAGUUCGCCGACGAGAUGCUUGUCGUUUUGCGCAAGUACCAGCAGGCUCAGAAGUCCAACUCUCUAUUUUUGGUACCUUUCACAACUGUCAACCAGUAUUUGUACACUUUGAAGUCAAUGUCUACCAUUUUGCAACGGAUCCACACGAAAGCUUUAUUUUACCUUGCAGCAGCUGUGUCGGACUUCUUCUUACCGUCUUCAAGAAUGCCUCAGCAUAAGAUUCAAGCACAACCAAGUGGUAAGCUCGUUGUUGAUUUGGAGCAGGUUCCGAAAUUCUUGAGAAGAUUGGUGGAUUCAUGGGCUCCGCAGGCAAUGAUCGUGUCUUUCAAAUUGGAGACAGACAACUCUAUUUUGAUCAAGAAAGCAAAAGACGCUUUGUCCAGAUAUCAGCAUCAGCUUGUCAUCGGAAACUUGCUACAAUCUAGAAAGAAUGAAGUCGUGAUUGUUACGCCAAAUGGAGAGCAAGAAUGGAUUCGCUUGACUGAGGAAGAUAAGAGUAAAAAGGUUGAAAUUGAGUCUCUCAUUAUACCUGCUGUGAAACAUAAGCACGAAGAGUGGAUGAAACUGUGGCAGCAAAAUAGCACCGCGUAA